CAAGUAGUCCCUAGCCCCACUCGGACAAACCAAGAUGGCGGCUCCACCAAGAAAGAGCAAAGUCCCCGAUACCCCCUUAGAUCCCGAAUAUUUCCGAUUCGCAUCCAUCAUUUGGUAUAUUCUCGUUAUCGCUGGCCUAACUUUAUUUUAUCUUGUCACCUUCAAACCAGAUAGUUUCCCAUUUGAAGCAUUUGGACUUCUUGGCAAGAGGCUGCAGACUGUAAAGGAAAACAACCAGCAAACAUUCGAAAUAGGGUUUACAAUGGCUAUCUUGGUUCACAUUGCUGAAGCAUGCAUGGCUUUUCGCACUUGCAGGAAAAUGAAUCUCAGUUCUUCAGCUAGCUUGAAGUGGACAUUGCAAACAUUGUUGUUGGGGUUUCCUUCAUUUGGCCUGCUGCUACGUUACAAGACGGAUAUGGAAGUGAAAGAAAAACUAUCCUGAGGAAUGCACCUGCAUCUCAAAGAAUAGACAAGGAAUUAGGAAAACUCUCUUACCCAUAUGAACUUAGAAAGAGAAAACCCAAAUAUCAGAAUUUAAAUAACUCUGCCUUGGGCUGGAUUGGAUAAAAAUGAUCUACACUCUUGAUGUGUUCAAGAAUGUGAAUUUUGUGUUCUCUAAAACUGACUACUUGGCUAUGAAAACACAAGCAUUGGCAAUCAACUUAAAUUAUACAAGCCAUGCAAUUAUAGCACAUUAGUUAAAAUGAAUUGUACAAAAUUAGGUCUAUAUAUGUUAAAAGGUUUGAAAUCUUGCAGUUUGUUUCGUGUACACCAAUCACGUGCCUUUAGCAAUGUUCUGUGAAAGUAUGAAAGGUGUGAUUAGUAGGGUAAUAGUGGAGUCAAAAGUUUAUUAGAAAAGCCUACUGAGCAUAGCAGAUGCUGUAAUACUGGAACAGAAUAAUUGUAUUUGUUAUCUAAUAUGAACAGAUCUGAGUGUAAAUAAACUAUGUUUGUUUUUAGAAAAA